CCAAGAAGGGCGACGCCUACAGAUUAGCUUUAGAUAGUUCCCUUUAAAUUCCGGGUACGGAGUUAUCAAAGCGUCCCAUUCAUUGCUGAGCCUCAGUCAGAGCUGCAAUCUAAAACGGGCUUCCAUCCCAAACACCCGCAACAUGGCAAACGCUUACCUGCAAGGAGUGGAGAUCUCAGCAUCACAGUUCCUGGAUAUUUUUCACCAUUAUGAUAACGAUGGUAAUGGGUAUAUUGAAGGAAAGGAGUUGGAGAGUUUUAUAAAAGAACUUCAGCAAGCUCGAAAACAAGCAGGACUUGAGCUUACAGACAAGAUGAGGGCUUUUGUAGAGGAAUUUCAGACAAAUGCAGAUGCCAAAAUUGGAAUAAUUGAGCUAGUACAAAUAUUACCCACAGAGGAGAACUUCUUGUUAUUUUUCCGACAACAGUUGAAAUCUUGCACAGAAUUUAUGCAGGCUUGGCGACGUUAUGAUGCCGAUCAUAGUGGCUACAUUGAAGCAGAUGAGCUGAAGAACUUUUUGAAAGAUCUUCUUCAAAAGGCUAAGAAACCAUAUGAUGAAAAGAAGUUAGAUGAAUAUACUCAUACCACACUCAAAGUAUUUGACUCAAACCACGAUGGGAAGUUGUGUUUGGCAGAAAUGGCAAGGCUGUUACCGGAUGAGGAAAACUUUCUGCUCAAGUUUCAGAAUGUGAAAAUGGCAAGAAAAGAGUUCAACAAGAUCUUUGAGUUAUACGAUCAGGAUGAGAAUGGCUACAUGGAUGAAAAUGAGCUGGAUGCCCUCCUCAAAGAUUUGUGUGAGAAGAACAAGAAGGUGCUGGAAGUGAGCAAAAUCUCCACUUAUAAGACCGCCAUCAUGGCCCUUUCAGAUGGGGGCAAACUAUACAGGACAGAACUGGCGCUUGUGCUUUGUGCUGAGGACAUUUCUGCCCCUGCAUCCUUAUAAACGAUUACCCCUUUUUCCUUGACCCCUUCAUGACCUUCUAUCCCACCUCCCUUCCCCUUAUUGGUGAAGUGUGUAAAGAUACUGUAGCUUGGAACUCCAAGGAAGUAGGAUGUCUUUUUCUUUCAGUUUUUUCUUUUAACAAAUCUGUAAAUUUGCCAGCAACAGUGUAUGUGUAGCUAAGGUACAUUAUUGGAGUCAUGGGAUGAUACUUUUCAAAUCUGUUGUUUCUAUACUGUUUGUAAAUGUACAGAUUUUGUAACAAUGAGAGUGAAAGUCCCUGUACUUUGUCAUCUAUCUACAUACUUCAAGACCUUAGCCUCUCACUAAUCCCCUCCUGCCCUUACAACAAUGUUUAUCUUAUUGUUAAUUCAUAGCUCAAGUAUCACUAGCAACAAUAGUUUUUGGAUUGUUAUUGAAUUACGGUGGCAUUUGGCCAUGGAAUAAAAAAUAGAAACAUUUAUAUUAUUAUAAUCUAUUUGAGUACAUCAUCCUAUUCUGAUUUUGUAUCAUAUUGAAUUGAUAUAAUUAUUACCAAUAUAACUUUGCACCCAGUAGGACUUAGUAAGACCAAUGAUGCAAACACCAAUGAUACAUGUUACGUAAAUUAGUAUUUUCUGAACUGGAGGCCAUAAAUGCAGCAAUCUUUCAAUCCUGUAAAUAAUUUCCUAAAGUGAUGAGAUUAAUUUGCUCUGAAUGUUCUUUAACUUUAUGUCAAUUAACUGACCCCAAAAGUUGCUUUCUAUUAAAACAAUCAUCAAUGGAAUCCUCUAAAGGAAUUACAUAAUAAAAGGGUGUGAUUACCUAAUCACUGCCUUUGAUAUAAUAUUCUGACCACCUCCAGUGAGUGAUGGAUACAGUGCUUAAAGUCCCUGUGUAUUUUUGUGAUUUCCAAGGCGUUAACACCACUGACUUAAGAACACCAAUUAUACUACUUGGGGGAAAAAAAUGUGUACAUACCUUUUGGUUGAAUUGAUCUUAACACUAUAUGAAAUACAUUUCUUCACAGUAUUUUCUUCUCAAAAUUGUAGCUCAAUCAAGCCUAAAAGACACUACUAUACAUUACCCAUUGGUCACAUCAGUUUUCUAGACUUCACUAAUUCCUACAAUGCAGCUAAAUAUGUUGUCCUGUCAAAUUAAAUAACCUGAAAAUGUAUUCAUUUGUAAGGUUUGUUGUUAUUAUCAAAUGUUUUUACAAGGUGCCAAAGUCAAGAGACAGCAGUUACCACCGCAAUUCAAGAAUGACCCUGUUACUGUUGUAAUGAUAUUCCUCCAGUAGGAGUAGAAGCCUAUGAGUUGCCUGGCCGGGCUGUGGGCUGGUAGAUGCACCCUGAUCAUUGCAGUGGAACUGUUAACAGACAUUAGCUGUUUAACGUGGGGAUCAUUAUGUAUAGCUGUGUAACUCCCUGCCACCAACGAGGAAUUCAAACAACCAGGUGGGAAAAACAACAUAGUUUCUGGAAUGUGUUGCAUGGAAAAUAAUAUAAAGAAAAUAGUAGAGACCAUAAUAAGCUACACUAUAUAUCAUUUUGCUGUGCAUGUUGUUUGCUGACAGCUAGUCGUGUGGAGACUAUUGAAUGGACAAGCACAUAUCUGCGACUUGUUUAGCCUCACCCUGUGACCCCUGACCUGUGUAUAAUGACGGCGCCAGUCUCUGUGAUACAUGGACCUUUUUUGCACUGUAAAACAAUGCCAUGUCCUAGCAGUCUGGGCAACAGAAAGACUGUAAGAUAAAUAAUAAAAACAUUCUAAAACAA